AUGGGCCGCGGGUUUGCCAGUCGGGCCCAUGAGGAGGUAUCUGAGCUGGGCGCAGCCCCAUCCCCCAAGUGGGCCCUCCAUCCCUCCUCCGGCUGGAGCACCUUCCCUAAAAGCGACUUCAAAGGGCCGGUGUCGACAGCCGGGUUUGGGUCCGCGGACGGCAAAUCCGAGGACCGAGCAGGAUCCAGGCCGUCGGGGCCGUCCGAACUCGGGGGUCUCCGAGCUGGGCGGGGGCUCAUCUUGUCUUUGGGGGCCUGUGUCAGAGGCACAGAGAAGCACCUUCCCGCACCCUACUGCCACCUCUUGCCGCGGCAGGGAGCUGAGACAUCUGUUGCCCACGCGGCUGCCUGCCCGCCGAGGAAAGGCCUCCACACGUCACAGCCGUCACAGCCUCGGCUACAGCAGCAGCAGCAGCAACGGCCUUGUUUGGAGCUGAUUGGGGAUGCAGGCCCCAGGCAGGCGGGCAGUCUGGGAGAAGCUGGGCUUCCAGGAGUUCCCACCAGUAGGAGCUCCCACCCAAAAGAACGAGGUCACUGGCAGCUUUUGAACCAGCUGGGCACUGGCUGGAGAGGCUGGGUCCAUGCUGGCAGCAAGGCUGCAUUAGCUGCCCUGUGUCCAGGAGACCUGAUCCAGGCCAUCAAUGGUGAGAGCACAGAGCUCAUGACACACCUGGAGGCACAGAACCGCAUCAAGGGCUGCCACGAUCACCUCACACUGUCUGUGAGCAGGCCUGAGGGCAGGAGCUGGCCCAGUGCCCCUGAUGACAGCAAGGCUCAAGCACACAGGACCCACAUCGACCCUGAGAUCCAGGACGGCAGUCCAAUAACCAGCAGGCGGCCCUCAGGCACCGGGACUGGGCCAGAAGAUGGCAGACCAAGCCUGGGAUCUCCAUAUGGACAACCCCCUCGCUUUCCAGUCCCUCACAAUGGCAGCAGCGAGGCCACCCUGCCAGCCCAGAUGAGCACCCUGCAUGUGUCUCCACCCCCCAGUGCUGACCCAGCCAGAGGCCUCCCAUGGAGCCGGGACUGCAGAGUCGACCUGGGCUCCGAGGUGUACAGGAUGCUGCGGGAGCCGGCCGAGUCCGUGGCUGCGGAGCCCAAGCAGUCAGGCUCCUUCCGCUACUUGCAGGGCAUGCUAGAGGCCGGCGAGGGUGGGGAGCGGCCCGGGCCUGGCGGACCCCGGAACCUCAAGCCCACGGCCAGCAAGCUGGGCUCUCCGUUGAGCGGCCUGCAGGGGCUGCCCGAGUGCACGCGCUGCGGCCACGGCAUUGUGGGCACCAUCGUCAAGGCGCGGGACAAGCUCUACCAUCCCGAGUGCUUCAUGUGCAGCGACUGCGGCCUGAACCUCAAGCAGCGUGGUUACUUCUUUCUGGAUGAGCGACUUUACUGUGAGAGCCACGCCAAGGCACGCGUGAAGCCGCCCGAGGGCUACGACGUGGUGGCGGUGUACCCCAACGCCAAGGUGGAACUCGUCUGAGCUGGGCCCCUGCUCCCGCCCCUGCUUCUUAAGGUCCCUACUCGGCCGGUGUAAAUAUGUUUCGCCCUGUCCCUCUAAUAAAGUUCCUCUGCUCCACCUUGAA